ACAAGAGACUUUGGAAAAUGUCACUUAAUGAGAAGAGGUCUAAUUAGCCAGAUUAACUGAAAACACCUGUCGUCAGAGGCGUUAAGCAUUAAGGUCCAGUAUGGCUGCCAGUAUCCCAGGAGUAAUAGCGAUAGUGUUUUUCUACCUGCUGAUCCUUGGAGUCGGCAUCUGGGCUUCUUUCAAGUCCAAGAAGGAAAGGAACAAAUCUCCGGGUGACACUAUGGAGAUGGCCCUGCUGGGAAACCGAAGCAUCAAUAAAGUUGUGGGGAUCUUCACCACGGCAGCUACGUGGAUUGGCGGAGGCUUCAUUGUUGGAUUGGCAGAAUUUGUGUACCACCCCUCUAUGGGCCUAAUCUGGGCUUCCAGCUACAUUAUAGGAGAUGCAAUGUCUUUGAUUAUUGGUGGUCUUUUCUUUGCUGGGCCAAUGAGAGAAAGAAAAUACGUGACCAUGAUGGAUCCUUUCCAUAUCAGGUAUGGAAAAGUACCAAUGGCUGUUUUUUCUCUGGCCACAAUUGUGACUGACAUUUUGUGUGUGACAGUAACACUAUCUGGUUUAGGUGGAACCAUGAGUGUGAGUCUGGAUUUACCAUUCGCCAUAUGCAUCUGGAUCUCUGCUGCUGUGGCUAUUAUCUACACACUAAUGGGAGGUCUCUACUCUGUGGCCUACACGGAUGUUGUACAGCUUGCCCUCAUGUUUAUCAGCUUGUGGUUCUGUGUCCCCUUUGUCCUGAUGAACCCGUUCUCCUUGGACAUCACUCAGACAGCCCUGAACAACACUUUACAGGCUCCCUGGAUGGGUACACUAGAAACAGACAAAGCCUGGAUAUGGGUUGACAAUUUGUUUCUUUUGACUCUGGGUUGCCUGGGCUAUCAGGAGUUCCAUCAGAGGAGUUUGUCUGCCUGUUCCUCAGCCGCAGCUAAGAUCAACUGUUUUGUUGCUGCUGCAAUUGUUCUUAUUUUUGCAAUUCCUCCUGUCCUGAUUGGAGCAGUGGCUGCAUCAACAGACUGGAACCUUACUUCUUAUGGUUCUCCAUCUCCAUUUGAACGUGGGGAGGCAACAUUUGUAAUGCCCAUUAGCUUGCACCACCUCACUCCAACCUAUGUCUCCAUCAUCGGUAUCGGAUGUAUCGCUGCUGCCGUGAUGUCAUCGACUGAUUCUGCCUUGCUGGCUGCAGCUUCCAUCUUCACCUCCAACAUCUAUAAGAGCAUCCUGCGGACCCAGGCAUCAGACAGAGAGAUUCAGUGGGUGAUCCGUGCUUCUGUGUUGGUAGUGGGCGUGGUUGGUACAUCACUCACCAACCUGAAAAACAGCAUCUUACUGUUCUGGUUCAUUGCUGCUGAAGUGGCCUACAUCAUAAUUUUCCCUCAACUGGUCUGCGUCCUCUUCUUCAACAUCUCUAACGGUUACGGGGCUGUUAUGGGCUUCCUGGUGGGAUUGGUGUUAAGACUGCUCAGUGGAGACCCAUCACUAGGGUUAGCACCAGUCAUACACUUCCCAGGAUGCACUCUUGAAGACGGUGUUUAUGUCCAGUACUCUCCAGUUAAGACCAUCUCCAUGCUGUCUGCCAUCGCUGCCAUCUUGUUGUUCUCCUACCUGGCUUCUGUGCUCUUCAACAAAGGACUGCUUCCUGAGAAGUGGGAUGUGUUCAAAGUGAAAGCCCAGAACUCACCUCAACCACUGACACCAAGAGAUGGUGCCACAGAACAUAAUAAGAAUGAGGAAUUGAACAGAAACAACUCUCAGACCGAGACAUCAGAGCCAAUGAUUAGCACUAGCUGUUAGCGUUCCAGUGUGUACAGCGGUAUCUUGUUUACUUGAAGCAUUAUAGACUAGUAAAUACUAGUAAAUAGAUCAAAUUACAUCACUUUGGAGAUUUCUGCAUCCAGAACAUGAAUGGAUCAUGAUCAUGGUGCCCAUAAGUUGCUCACCAGCACAUAAGCCUUAAAGGAUUCUUCUUUUUCUGAUUGGCUCUUACCUUGUGUGUAAACAUGUCAAUCUAUUUAAUAAAAAAAAUCAUGAAGCAAAGAUACAGAUGUCUGUUUUUUGUAAAUAAAAAUAAAUAAAAAAGAUUCUAGCAGUAUUGCAGUUGGUCCCUGGGACAAAUUGUGAUCCCAAUUCAGUGUGUUGUGUAGAUUAUGUUGUUCUAGUGUUGUGAUAUUAGAAAAAUUACAACAAUAAACCGUAUAUAUAUAUCCUUCCAUCCAUUAUCUGUUACCGCUUAUCCCA